AUGGGCCAUCGAGGGUCGGAAAAGGUAGCGGCAUCAGAAAAAAGGGACCACUGGUUGGAAAACGGUUGCUGGCGGCGGCGGCCUGACAAAAGGUUGGCGGAGGGGUGCUGGCUGAAAACAAAAAAGCGGUGGCUGGAAGGGUGGAUGGUAGGGCUUGCUACAAGGUCUAUGGUUUGCUGCAGCCCGUACCCUGCAGAGGUUCCAUUGGCUAGUGCUAACUCUCAUGCAUCUAGAGUGGAUCAGAGGGAAGCCACUCUGCAAACACAAAAAGUAACAGAUGAAUAUCAACUCAGAAUACACGGAUCAAAGAGUAUCUGUGCUAAAUUUUCUGUAUGUGACAAUCAUAAAAUGCCAUUGCCAUUUUCAUGUACUACCCAUCUUAAUCUCGCAGCAUCAUGUAGAGAGGGUCAGUUAAAAGAGGCACUGCACUUUCUGUUUACUACAUACAACCCCCCUGAAGACUACUCUACGUAUCUUCAAUUAUUGCAGACCUGUAUUCUCAAGAACGCGCUUUCACAAGGGAAAAAUGUCCACUCUUUCACCAUUCACAGGCAAUUUGAAUUUGCUAAACGCCCAACUUUUCAUCAUAAGCUUAUGUACAUGUAUGUCAAGUGCGGAAGUUUGGUAGAUGCCCGUAAAGUGUUUGAUCACAUGAAAGAACGAGACAGUGUUUCAUGGAAUACGAUAAUUGCAGCCUACAGAAGACAUGGGUUUCCUCACGAGGCAGUCACAAUGUUUCACCGUAUGCAAGAAACAGGAUAUGCACAGAAUGGAUUUUGCAAGGAUGCUCUCAAAAUAUUUGAAUUAAUGAAGCAUUCUGGAACACAUCCUGACGUUAUCAGCUUUGCUUGUGUUCUAUUUGCAUGCAGCCAUGGAGGUUUAGUGAACGAGGGUUGUAUAUACUUCAAUCAUCUUAGCAACCCUUAUUGCAUUACACCUACAAUUGGUCAUUUUGUGUGCAUGGUUGACCUUCUUUCUCGUGCUGGCUAUCUUGAGGACACCCUAAGAUUUAUCAUUAAAAUGCCAGUUAAACCUGUGGUGGUUGUGUGGGUGUGUUUUCUUGGUGCCUGUAGAUCACAUAUGAAUAUAGGUUUGGGAGUAUUUACAGCGAUGCUGCUUUUUGAUUUGGAUCCUAAAAAUACUGCAACUUAUGUUCUUCUCUCAAACAUGUAUGCAGAAGUGGGCAGGUGGGGUGAAGUUCAAAUGUUAAGGAGAUUGAUGAAAGACAAAGGAAUUAAAAAGAUACCUGGUUGUAGUUGGAUUGAAGGCCAUAAAAUGGUACAUGCUUUUUGUGUAGGAGACAAAUCACAUCCACAGACCAAGGAGAUCUAUGCAGAGUUGGAGAAAUUGGCUUGGGAGAUGAAGGUAGCAGGGUAUUUCCCAGAUUCAAGACAUUUACUCAGUGAUGUAGAACAUGAGGAAAAAAAAUUAUUUUUCUGCUAUCAUAGUGAGAAGUUGGCAAUUGCUUUUGGUUUGUUAAACACACCCUCUGGGACAACUAUUAGAGUUGUUAAGAACCUUCGAAUUUGUGCUGAUUGCCACACUGCAACAAAAUUUAUCUCCCAAAUUGUUGGAAGAGAAAUUGUUGUGAGAGACGUACACCGUUUCCAUCAUUUUAAACAGGGUGAAUGUUCUUGUGGAGAUUAUUGGUGA